UUCUGUAUAUGCCACUAUAUAUGAUAAUUAUAUUUGAAAACAAUCUUAUCACGUUAAGUGGUGAUAAACAAUUUUAUUUUUUAGCACACUGCCAGUCAUCAGCUGAUAGAUCUAGGUAUCACUUCACAGUAUUGCAAGGAAUAAGUAAUGAGCUGUCUAUGUGUAUAUUUGCUUGAAAUGAGAAAUAUAUUUACUAGGCUUGAGCCAUCUAUGGCGUGAGCUAUUCUAGGGUAAUAUUUUUUUGAUUUUGUAUGUUUUAUGCAGAAAUGGACAACUAUGCCAUAGUAGAAUUCAAUGACGGCCUUCAAAUUAUCGCUUCAAAGUGGUUGUCUGAGGACAGAAAAUUUUCAUACUGGCCAUCAUUCACCAGUAUACAAAGAUAUGACAGAGCAGUUGAGAAAAUGGAAUAUCCUGAAGACACCUGGUCACGUUUUCCAGUUCUCAGGAUAAUGGCAACUACAAAUUCGUUUCAAAAGGGGAAGUCCAAGUUAAAGCAGGCUGAAACAAUGUCCGACCUAAACACUGAUGAUAUCGAUGAAAUCCGAAAACGCCGCAGAGAAAAUGCUCAAAAAAGAAUUUGCUCUAGUUCUGAUGAUGAAGGUUCUGCACCUCCUGCCAAAAUAUCAAAACUGCCUCCAUUCCCAAAGCAGCCAUCACUACAGAUUCAGAAGAUCGGGGAAUUGGCAUCAACAUCAGGAGUGCAAAACAAUGGUUCUAUUGUUGAAAGUCAAAGUAAUGGCAGUCUUGAUCCUGCAUACAUUACAGAGAAUUCAGAUAAGCCUUUCCAAAACAUGAUGUUGAGAAUGCUGGUAGAUUUGAAACACAAGAUGAAUUCAGUGAUAUUAUCACAGCAAGAAAUUCUUCAAAAACUACAAUCUGUGAAUACUUGUGAGCCACUGACUGAAAAUGAAACAUACGAAACCGUAAUUAAUGACUUCCCUCUCCACACUGAAGAAGCCUUACAAGCACUAGAAGAGAAACUCAAAACUGAAGCAAAGUUCAAAGAAUCCAUGAUUAAGGAACUCUCAAAAUUUGGUGGGGGCGAUAUGAAAACAAUUGUGAGAAAGCUGUUGGAGUUGAUGCUUACGAACCCAUUGGGUGAUACCUACAGCUAUGUAGGGGGAAAAAAGAAGAGAGUGUUUGCAUCUUUGCAGUUAUGUAAAGUUAUUCAAGAAGUAACUCGAAAGCACAUUAAAUCUUGUACUGAUGAUGAUGUGGCAGUGUGCAUUAAAUCAUGGCUCCGUCACACGAAAGACAGGGUGCUUCGCGAACAAAAGUAAGUUAUAAUGUUCCAGCAUAUUCUUGUACAGUGGAUUUUGUAUCUUUUGAUACCUGAUGUAUAUAUUGACAUUCUUCUUACAUGGAACACAUUAUGGAGUCUCAUUUCUAAACCGCAUCAAUUGAAAUUCCUCAUGUAUUGAAAUUAUUUGUCAUUCCCAUGAGAAACAAUGGAUAGAGAAUCCACUGUAUGCUUUGUUCCUUGCUGAUCAUAUAUCUUGUGAGAACUACGUAGUUAGGUACCUUUCUUAAACUUUUUAAUAGUAAUUUGUCAUCCUCACAGUUCAUAUAGUAGAUGCAACAUAAGGAGCAGCCUGCCGUGCGAUGCAGAUGACUGGAAUGAUUGUCUACUGCUUCACAAUAGUAGCAUGAAUGGUUUAGAUUCCAUAGUUCAGUUGACUACUUGACUACAAAGCUCAUUCUAAGAGAGUUGAAAUAUAAAUUGCCACAAGUUCAUUUGGCCCUAUAGCA